AUGGCAUUCCGUGGAAUUUCAUACGGGCUGAGCGCCGAGGUCGCCACCAAGAUUGCAUCGAAGCGGGACCCGGAACUCGAGGGACAAAUUCUUAGCUGGAUAGAAGACGUAGUAGGCGAGAAAUCGCCACACGGAUCCUACGAGGAGGUGCUAAGAGACGGCAUCAUUCUGUGCAAAUUGAUGAACGCGAUCAGUCCUGGGAGCAUAAAGAAGUACCACACAUCGGGAACGCACUUCAAAAAGAUGGAAAAUCUCACCAAGUUCACCAUCGCGUGUAAGGAGUACGGCGUCGAUGAAGCUGACUUAUUCCAAUCGGUAGACUUGUGGGAGAGACGGAACAUACCUCAGGUCUCUCAAUGCAUUUUGGCGUUGGGUCGAACGUGUUAUUCGCACCAGGAGUACGCUGGUCCUUGUCUCGGGCCGAGGCCCGCAGAUCGACAAGUGAGGCAAUUCACUCGAGAGCAGUUACGGGCCGGGCAGUCUACAAUCAACCUGCAGUAUGGAACGAACAAAGGAGCGACUCAAUCAGGACAGAACUUCGGCCUGACGCGACACAUGUGAUCGAACCCAGGUGGAAUGAUGAUUCGAGUUACGUCAUGAAUUCAUCAUUGGGCUCUCUCGCUUGUGGGAAGCGAUCGUCUCCCGGAAAAUAUUCGUCUGGUAUCCUUGUACAAUGGAUGUAAAUAAAAGUGCCGAGUCACUUGAG